AGAAGCUAGUGCUUACAGGUUCGUUUUGCCAAUGCUCACUCUUUCUGCUUGUAUGAUUGUGCUGUUAGUCUGACUAUGAGUUUGAGUUGCCCUUUGAUUUCUGGUUGCUGGUUGUAUAUAGUUACAUUGCUGUAUUUUUUCUUUGUACAAAUCAAACAUUGUAUAUAUUUCACUGGUAGUAGAGGCUUGACUGCCAUUUCUGUUAGGAGUGCGUUUCAAUCUCUGUUUUUGGUAAGGUAGUGUAGGGAAGCUAAUUGUCUUUUGUUUAUUUUUGUUUUUAGGUAAAUUAGUUUCCCUCCACAGCAGUUUUUGUUUGUUGUUUUGGCUUUGGUCCACACUGAAGUUUUCCCCAGAUUAUCUGUGGUGUACAGCAGAUGUGUGUACAUAGCCUGUAAAUACUACAAUAUACCACCCUUUUGAGCCACUUCUGUGUCAUCCGUCUGUUACUUCAAAUAUCACUUACUCCGCCUUACAUUACCCCAUGCCUUUAAUUAUGCUGUGCAACCUAACCCUAGACUGAGUCGUAACAGAAUUGGGGACUUGUCUGGGAUCGUCAACAAUUGUACUUGGUGGGGUUUUUUUUACUUGUUUUUUUUUUGCAUGUUAUGGUUGGUUUGAGAGCUCCUUUUUUCAUAAGGGUUAUUAUAUUGUGGUUUGGUUGUUAUUUGUGAGCAUGGCAGGAUUUGAUUUGACUAUGUUUACGCUUUGUCCUACCUUAGAGGAGUUUGAUAAGUGUAAGAAAGGUGUUACUUUAUAUCACAGAUUUCUUUAAUAUUUCGGUGCUGCGGUUAGAUAAUAAGAAGGUGGUUAAGGCUGUUCUGUAUGAGGCAUUAGUGGCUCAGCAGGUCUUACCUGAGCGUGACGUGCUUCUGGGUGUUGCCCAUCUGCCUAUCCUGGCUUUUGUCGCAGCAGAGGCCGUUCCAGAGGUUGGAGGUGGGUUGGGGGCCUAUUUAGACCAUGAAUGGCCGGUAGCCAGUUCAGUAGACCCUGGUUGGCAACUUGUUUUGAAGGUGCUGGAGUUGGAAAUUUAGUGGCAAGAGUAUCAGACGCAGUUGCUGCGCAUUCGGGAGAGGCAGUUGGACACUGAGGGGGAAAAGCUCGACCUUGCUGCUCAGAGUCGUAAGCCAGUGCCUCAUCCAUGGAAGUUCUGCUCUUCUGGUGCCGAUGUCCCCAAUGCACUGGUAUCACCACUUGCUCCGAUCCAAUCUUCACCAGGCUGGCUUGAAGUUUCACUUUCGAUUCUGAGUUGAAGAGCAAAUAUAUUUGCAUGACUCGUGCAGAGUGCAGAAAAAUUUCCAGCAGCAUAAAACACGUAUGGAACUUAUGUCACAAGAAAAAAAUUGUAGCAGUGGCCCACAGCUUACUGUUGAGCAGCUGAAGCGAAUAGAGCAGAAGAGACAUGAAGCUAUGAGGAGGCUUGCUGCUCGCAAUGAUCCUAUGCCCAUUGGAGAGAGCUGGAGCAUUCACAUCGGUACUGAAUUCGGCAAACCUUACUUCACUGAGCUGAUGUCUUUUGUCACUGAGGAGAGGAAACAUUUCACUGUCUAUCCAAGCAAAGAGCAAGUCUUCUUUUGGACACACGUGUGUGCAUUUGAGGCUGUGAAAGUGGUCAUCCUUGGCCAAGACCCAUAUCCCAGACAAGGUCAGGCUCAUGGUCUGUGCUUCAGUGUACUGAGGCCUUCACCACCACCUCCAAGCCUGGAAAAUAUAUUCACUGAACUUGCAAUAGAUAUCAAAGACUUCCAACACCCUGGCCAUGGAGACCUGACAGGAUGGGCUAAACAAGGUGUUCUGCUUCUGAACUCUGUCCUAACCGUGAGAAGCAGAGAGCCAACAUCCCAUCAGGGUUGGGGAUGGGAGGAGUUCACUGAUGCUGUGGUUCGGAGCCUAAGUAGGAAUUUAAAAGGCCUGGUCUUCCUGCUGUGGGGAUCAUAUGCUCAGAGAAAAGGCAAAUUAAUCAACAGAUCACAGCAUCAUGUCCUCGAGACAAGCCAUCCCUCACCAUACUCUGCUCACAUGGGCUUUUUUGGAUGCAGACACUUCUCAAAAACUAACAUCUUACUUAUGGCAGCUGGAAAGACACCUAUUGAUUGGAAUGCACUGUGACCAAUGUACUUUUUAGUAAUAUUUUUAAAUGAUACUAUGGGUUUAUAAAUUUUCAGUUUAAUCAUAAUGUUAAAUGUUUGGGCAUAAUGUUACUGAGUCUAUAUGAGAUUCGUAGGCUUACAACAUGUCAAUGAAACAAUGCUCCCUCUCUGCUGUGCUACACUAUUAUCCAGAAAAUCAUUUAAUAAAUAAGCAGUGUUGUAUAAAUUGUACAACUUGGAUGCAGUUUGCCUUAGUCUGCCUUGGGAAAUUGUUAAUACAUUACCAAUCUCAUUUCUUGAUUGAGUGGUUUUCCAUCUUUCCUUAAUGUUUAUAUAAACAAAGUCUUUUUCCUCUGCCAGAUGUGACUGGUAAGUAGAGUAAGCAAUUAAUUAAUGCAUGCAAUAAAUACAUAUCCUGUU